GGUGGAGCAAAGAAGAGCCGAGGAAAACGAAACGGGUGCCAGGCAGGCCGUUCCAGCCGCUCAGCUAGACGACUGUCACCAUGGGGGAAAGAAAAGGAGUCAAUAAGUAUUACCCACCUGAUUUUGAUCCAGCCAAGCAUGGCUCCCUUAAUAAGUACCGCAAUAGCCAUCCUCUGCGGGAAAGAGCCCGUAAACUCUCCCAGGGCAUCCUCAUCAUCAGGUUUGAGAUGCCCUAUAACAUCUGGUGUGAUGGCUGCCAGAACCACAUCGGCAUGGGCGUUCGCUACAAUGCAGAGAAGAAGAAGGUUGGCAAUUACUACACAACCCCCAUCUACAGGUUCCGGAUGAAGUGUCACCUUUGCCCCAACCACAUCGAGAUGCAGACGGACCCUGCCAGCUGCGAUUACGUCAUCGUCAGCGGUGCCCGGCGCAAGGAAGAACGCUGGGAUGUGGAGGCCAAUGAGCAGAUUGUGGCCACAGCCCACGAGGAGAAGCAGAAGCUGGAGACGGAUGCCAUGUACCGGCUGGAGCAUGGCUCCAAGGAUCAGAGCAAGCUGCAGCGCGCCCUUCCCACCCUGCAGAACAUUCAGGAGGCCCAGAGCGCCUGGAAGGAUGACUUCGCACUCAACAGCCUCCUUCGCCGGAAGUUCAGGGAAGAGAAGAAAGUCCUUCAAGAGGAGGAGGAGAAAGAUCUCGCCUUGCAGACGAAAGCAAACCUGAGCAUCCCACUUGUGCGGGAGUCUGACGAGGACCGGCAUCUGGCAGCGUUGCUGAAAUAUCAGAGCCUCGGCUCCUAUGAAAACAAACAGAAGCAGAAACGCAAUGAGAUUGUUGAGCGCCCGUGGUUCUCAUCCGCCCCGGUCUCAAACACUAAAGCAAAUGACACUCUGAAAAGGCUGGCGUUUGCUGGGAGAUGCCUCGCUGGCAAGUCCCCUGUCGCUAAGGACAACCUGGGUGUCAUGUGCCGGAAAUCCAGGGCCAGGGAACGAGCUUCCACUGAGGAGGAAAGUGACGCUUCAAGUCCCAGGGCGCAAGUGGAAAGACAGGACCAGGACAGUGUGGCAAGCGGCGUCUCCUUGGACUCUCCCACGGGGCCUGGGGCAGACCCCCAGGAGGCCGAAGGAAGCCCCCCAUCCAGUUUUGCCACCUCUCUGGUCGCAGAUUAUUCAGACUCUGCCUCUGAUCCUGAAGCUUAACUAUGAACUGACCUUUGUGGUUAGAGAGAGAGAGAGCAUGAGAGAACAUGACUGGAACUGGUGUGCAGACUACAGUGCUUUCCAAAGGAACAAGAGACGGUGCUGCCUGCAAUUGCUGUACCAACUAGCCAGAUGCCUGAAUGUGAGUGUGUGUGUGUGUGUUCCUUUGGGAGUUACAGUGUGUUGCCUUUUCUUGGCCUGUGUGCAUCUCUGCCCCUUCUUUGCUUUUGUCCAACACACUAUAAAAUAAACACAGCUAUCCCUA